CUAAAGACAAAAAGAAAAACACAUUUUUAUAUCCAUAUCCAUAUCACUGAAGAAAAAACUCAGCAAAAUGCAGACACUGCCGCAUUGGCCUUGUUCCUGAACUCAACUGCCCGGAAAACGCAGCCGGAGUUGCUCGUCGGCCACCUGAAAACAGUGACAAAGGUUAGCUAAAUCUGAUUGACAGAAAUGAAUAGUGCUCAAGUUACAGCAUUCCAGUUUGGGAUUUGUUUGAAAAAUAUAGUUCGGAAUGAUUAUACAUCAUGUGUUUUACCACCAAUGAGUAUCAAUGCUUGCCAUCGGAUUCAGAUCAUUAGCACAAGAGAUAAACCAUCAUUUCACCCCCUUUUGAAAUGUCGGAAACCUCUUCUUGUUUGCUCCGCCGGUGGAAAAGGAAUGAUGGAAAAUAAUGACGAGAAUUCCCCAUGGAAAUCUAUUACAAAUGCUACGGAAAAAUUUAAGGGGCAAUCAAUAGAAGAUGUAUUACGAAAGCAAAUCCAAAAAGGUGAAUAUUUUGACAAUGGUGGAAGUGGAGUAAGGCCACCAGGGGGAGGCGACAGUGGGGGCGGCGGUGGCAGUCCCGAUGGCACUGCUGGACCUGAAGAUGAAAGUUUUCUUGAAGAUGAUACUCUCCAAUUGAUUUUUGCAAUGGGUGCCUUAAUAUGUCUGUAUAUCUAUCUCCUCAUAGGCAAGGAGAUUCUAAGGACAAUUGCAGACUAUUUAAGGUUUCUACUUGGCGGAGGUCGAUCUAUGCGACUGCAGAGUUUCAUGAGAAAACUGGGAAGAUGGUACAAGAGUAUGAAGAAGCGGACGAAAAAGACUGAUGAGUACUGGUUGGAGAAGACCAUUUUGAAUACUCCGACAUGGUAUUAUGAUCCUGAGGAUUUUCGUCAAGCUGUCAAGAAUUACUAUGCAUCAGAUGCAGAUGAAUAAUUUUUACUGAGUUUGUAGCAUCCUCUAGUGUUCCCCUUUUGUUUGUGUUCUUCCCUUGAGCACAAUGAUUCUUUCUCGACUCUGUAUCAUCCUGUUUUCAGUGUAUUGUCUUUCCUAGCAUUUGUUUUGCCCUCAGUUAUAUAGAAAAGACAGUUGUAAGGCUAUUUGUAUGAACUUGACCUGUUUCUCUAUUAACAAUUGUAGUACCAUUCUAAACCAAACAAGGGGUUGACCUAGUGUAGCAUAACAAAGUUUGUAAUUUAAAUGUAACUUUUUUUCAUAAAUAGUCAAUCCAUAACGAUAAAGCGAACACUUCUCUA